AUGGCCCGAGGGGAGAGCCAAGAGAAGUUGCACCCACAGAACUAUCAGACUGCCUCUACAACACAAAACAACACCGUUGAAGGCCAGAGCGCGCCGAGGGAGCAGAUGGAACCACUGACCGCGAACGACAGAGCAAUCAGAGAUGCCUUAUAUGUACAAGAGCCUGCCACUAGCACUCGGAUGAGUUCCGUGGUUGUGCUUCCCACAUCUCCAUCAAGCCAACCCAGCUUAACACCAACCCUUGGAAGCAGCACCCCAGGAGUAAGCAUGACAACAAGCUCGCUGCUCCUAACGUUCCGUGACCGCCCUUACAUAACUCGCGAGGCUACUCUCAGGGAAUAUUGUCGUGAUUGGUACCAGACUCCGCCGACUCCGCAGACCCAAACAGUGAUGGCGACAUAUCGUGAACGACCAAUGAUUGAGGAGCCGUUUCAAAAUGUUGGAGAUCUCCAAUCGGGACCAAGCACCCAACAACAGUCGGCGACGAAUGGAAAAAGUUACAGUACUGAUGGAUCCGAAAUAAAGAGCGGUGUUCCGAGUAGCACGGGUGCUUAUGGGUGCCGCACGCCAUAA